UACAAUAAACAAAGGGACGGACAAACGAGCAUAAAAGCAAUAAUUUGAGAGUGCGAAAACAGACAAAAAUUCAACGUCGACUAAAUUACCUGAGUUUUGAUGGUGUUUUAAUUAAAGUACAAUAGAAAUUCGAUGCAGUAAAAUAUUCAAAAACAGAUUAAACACGCAUUCCUGCAAAAAAUUAAACUCGGAAUUCAGCCUAUAUUAGAAAAAAAAUAAAAAAAAUUAUAAGUGCAUUGCUAUUGGCGCAUAAGUCGUGCGUAUAAAUAAUAAAUAGGAAAAGCUAAACAUAAAACAAAAUACAUAAUGGAUCGCAACAAUGGCUCAAAUCGUUACACACCAAUACGGCGCGCAGGCCAACAACAUAAUCAAUCAAAUUCGCUUUCAUCUCACGCAUCUUCGAACAAUAAUCAACAUCAGCAACAAAAUUUAGAUAAUCAUCGUAGUAAUUCGUCACAAUAUUCCACGUCCAAUCAUAACGCAUACUCACCACCCUCCGCGAUGUCCCGCGAGCCGCUAACACAACAUGACGAACUGAUUCGAUACAUCAGGGAAGCAUGGACUAAGGUUAAUGAGCAAAAUACGCCGGUAAACUAUUGCAACGAAUCGGAUCAUCAAUUAAAAAACUUCAAGCCAUUUAACUUGGAGGAGUAUUGGGAUCAACGGCAUUUUCAAAAUAUUCGUGUAUCACACGGCCAACAAUAAGAAGAUAGUACGUGCAAGUGUAAGAUAGCAAUUGCAGUGUGUUAUUUGGUACUGAUACAAUUAACACAAUUUACAUAUAAAAAUUUGUAUUUCAAAUAUUGAGAAAAACUGCGAAAUUAUAUACCGGGAUAUAUAAAAAAAAUAAACAUACUUAUUUCCAAAUAAAUUACGAAUUAUAUUAAAUACAUAGUUGUAUUAUCAAAGCUAAAAUAUUCGUUGCAUGAAAGUAGUUAAGAAAUAUAUUAUUAAAUUACAAUUUAAUAUAUUGAGAAGAAAAAGAAAAAAUUUUAACAUGAAAAAACAAAAAUUAAGUUAUUAACAAUAACAUUAGCAUCGUACGAAACGUUCAUUCAAUAUGCAAUUAUAAGAUUUCGCAAUAAAAUUAUUAAAGUAAUGCAAAUUAUGUGAGAAAAUAAUGACGAUACAUUUCAAAUUUACAAUUAAAGGCAAUAAAAAUGAUUUAAGUAAA